AUGUCCUCAGAGGAGCGUCAGAGAAGCAGAGUCAUACUCUUUGAACGAGGAGUGACGACAGUGCCAUUCGAAGAUGAUAAUGGGACGACAUAUCAAAGAAGAGUUCAUUCGUUCCGUAUUCCUUCCCUUAUUGACGUGGAUGGUGUGAUGGUCGCCAUCGGUGACGCCCGCUAUAAUACGUCUAACGACAACUCCUUUAUCGAGACGGUGGUAAAGUUCAGUGCGGACAAUGGGAAAACGUGGGAAACACAAAUUGCAGUAAAGAACACUCGUGUGAGUAACGUUUCUCGUGUGGUGGACCCUACAGUCAUCGUAAAGGGGAACAAGAUUUACGUUCUUGUGGCAAGAUACAACAAUUCGACCAAGAACUGGGGUCAGCACUAUGAUGGCAAGGAUUGGGAGCCUGUGUUUUCUGUUGGUGAGGUUAAGAAGACAGCGAUAAAUGGCAAGGUGAAUGCAACGAUUACAUGGACCGAUCCUGUCUCACUAAAAUCUAUUUUCCCUGAAGAGAUUGCAGGAGGGCCAUCAAAGCAAUUCCUUGGGGGUGUAGGGGUUUCUAUUGUAACAACGAACGGUGCUCUUGUGUUCCCAGUCCAGGCAAUGAGUUCAAUUAGGAGGACCACUGCAAUGAUUAUGUAUUCCAAAGACGAUGGUGAGACAUGGAAGUUCGCAAACGGUAUCACUGCACUGGAUUGCACUGAAUCUUCUAUUGUUGAGUGGGAAGGGAAGCUCAUCAUGAACAGUCGCGUUGACAUUGGCUACCGCAAAGUCUUUGAGUCCACAGACCUGGGGGAGACAUGGAAAGAAGCUGUUGGAAUACUCUCCCGAGUAUGGGGCAACUCACCAUCACGUAAAGGACCUGGUAGCCAGAUUCCUUUCAUUCCUGUAACGAUUAAGGGGAGCGUGUGA